CUUUUCACACGACGGUAUCCCGGGUUGUAGUAAUGGUGACGGUUUUGGAGUUUGAGCUCUGUGGACCUAUCCAUUUAUUUCUAUUCACACAGUGGAUAGUAUUAUAAUGGAUUUUGGUGUGAAGACAUGUGCAUAACGGUAUAGCGGAUUCAUACGCGUGCGAAGUUAUACCACUGAUCUGAAGCGAGUUGAGGUCGUCUUGCACGGUAUUAUGAAAUUAAGGGCUCAAUGAACGAUGGUAAUCUAAACUCAAAUUUCCUAUUUUAGUCCUAUCAGUACCUAUUUUGCAGUUUUGAUGCUACUAUUGUAUGGUAUAGAAAGCAAUGACUAGAAGAUCGUGGAGAUAUUUGCUGAUUCUCUUGACUAUUUGGCUUCUAAUACUCGCCUACAUGGGCUGGAAUUUGCUUGUGCUUGUCGAAGACUCAAACAAAAAUCAGGCGGCUUUAGACAGAAAGGACAGACAUGUAGAUUUAUUAAAUACCCAAAACCAAAGACUCAAGCAAAUGGUAUCAGAACUAGAAUCACAGAAGGAAAGCCUAGAAUCGCAGAUAUUAUCGAAGGAAAAAAAGAUUCAAACUUUGAAACGAUUCAGUGACAAAAAGCCUCAAGUUAUCGUAGAGAAACAAAUUGUUCAAGUGCCUGGAACUGGAUCUAGCCUUAGCAAGAAAGAAAUAGCACACCAUGCUAGUGAUACAUGUUCGCCAAGCUUAGAGCACGAAAAAUACAGACGUAGGGCAGAAAAUGAAGUCCGAGAGAUAUUUUAUUACCUAAGUGCAGAAAUUACCAAGAUAAACAAGAAAAUUCCACAAGCAAAGAAGCAAUUAACCCACAUGCUAAAAAUGUCUGAGACGCUUCACCAAAUGUUAACAAACGACCUUGAAAAAAUGAAUAGCCUCGAUGGGAAGAGCAAAUGGCAAUGGUCAGAGCAUGAAGAACUCAGUAGAAUAGUCCAAGAGAGAAUUAAAAAGUUACAAAACCCCAAAGACUGCUCCACUUCAAAAAAGUUAAUUUGUCAACUAAACAAGGGCUGUGGAUAUGGCUGCCAAGUACACCAUGUGCUAUACUGUUUUAUUGUGGCAUUUGGAUCCCAAAGAACAAUGAUUAUAGACUCAACAGGCUGGAGAUACUCUUCUAGUGGAUGGAGUGGUAUAUUCCUUCAGCCAAGUGAAACAUGUACUUCAUAUACUGGAGGCUUCUCAAACUGGCAAAGAAAUAAUGAUGCCCAGAAUGUGAUAUUACCAAUAGUUGAUAGUCUAUAUCCAAGGCCUCCCUAUAUGCCUAUGGCAGUACCAGAGGACUUGGCUGACCGUCUUUCGCGGCUGCAUGGUCAUCCAUUUGUAUGGUGGAUUGGCCAGUUUGCAAAGUACUUGUUCCGGUACAAUGCAAAUGUCCAAAAAGAGAUAAAUGAAAAGCGUGAGAGAAUGGGAUUCAAAUCUCCAAUUGUAGGUAUACAAGUGAGAAGAACAGACAAAAUCAAUACAGAGGCAGCCCGCCAUGAAGUAGAGGAAUACAUGUACUGGGUCCAGUUGUACUACAGCAGACUUGGAUUAAAUCAAGCCAUUGACAGCAAGCGGGUCUAUGUAGCAUCAGAUGACCCUUCUGUGUUCCCUGAACUUCAGAGAAAAUACCCUGAUUAUACCUUCAUCAGUGACCAGGAUAUAUCCAAGUCAGCAGGUAUUGCCUCGCGCUACAGUGAUGCGUCAUUGCAUGGUGUCAUCUUUGACAUCCAGAUGCUGUCUGAGUGUGAUUAUCUGGUCUGCACCUUCUCCUCACAGGUGUGCCGAGUAGGUUAUGAGAUAAUGCAAUCAAAGCAUCCAGAUGCUUCUAGAAAAUUCCAAUCUCUUGAUGACAUCUACUACUUUGGCGGUCAAUCAGGGCACAAUGUCCGAGCCAUUCUUCCGCACACCGCAGAGACCAGAGAAGAAAUUGAUCUAGAAGUAGGUGACCUGAUAGGGAUAGCUGGUAACCACUGGGAUGGCUACUCCAAAGGGACAAAUCACAGGACAGGUCAGAUGGGGCUAUAUCCUUCCUAUAAAGUGGAGGAAGUCAUGGAGACUGCACAGUUCCCCACCUUUGAUGAUUUAUAACCAUAACAGUUUGUACAAAUAUUGCUCAAUUUUGACACAGUAGAGUCAAUGGUUAUCAUGCGACUCAUUGCAUACUGUAAUUACAUUAUCCUAAUUGACUAUACUAUGAAUAUGACUUUUAAAUUUAUUGACAGUGCUUUGUAGGUUUAUUCUCCCUGCUCCAGCCUAAAUCUUUGUGUAAAUCCAUUUACAUCAAAACUCGUUGGAAUGACUUAAUCCCUAUGACAGCAAACAACAAGGUUUUUAGGGGUGUUUUAGUGACAGGGGCUGCAUUUUUUUCAAAGCAGGGGGAUGGAGCAAACGUGAAAAAAAGUCCCAUAUCUACGGUGCCGGGCCAUGCUCCUCUUAAAGAUUUGUGAGAUUUUGGGGCCUCUGGCAUGCCGAAAUCGUUGUAGUUUUAUUAACUGCAAAAGUUAGAUUAGAGGAAUGUCCCCCGCUGUGCAGUCGUCACUGAAUGCUAUGCAGACACACACAAUUAAAAGCUGAUGUAAGGAAUUAAUUGUGCUUCUAUGUGUCUUUUCAUGUAUAGGUACUGCACAAUAGGAAAUUUUUAUUCAAAUCCAUGUAAUAGUUUCGGCUUCAACCUGCACCUGUUAUACAGUAAUCGGAAAAGAUGUGUGCCCUUCUAUCCGCACAACAACCUACAACUACACAACUUCAAAGGUUCUGUGGUUUUUUUUAAUUAGGUACCCCCAGUAUAAAAGUACUAUAUUACCAUUGAACUGUGUUUUAACCAAAAUCAUAAAUAUUUCACACAACUUAUACUGUCGCAUAAAUGUUAAUCACUUUUCCAUAACACUAGUGUAUAAGCGUUAUUAUAUUUUGAUUCCCCUGGUGAUUAAUGUAUCAACGUUCCAUGUUUAAAUAACGCCUCAUUUUCACCCUCUAAGGCUAAGUUCAAACGUCGUAUUAUCCAUGCGCCGUAUUCAAUGCAAAUCCAUAUCAAGUCAAUUGUUUCAACUUUAUUUGCAUGCAUUUGAAUUGAAUACGGCUAAUGGAUAAUACGACGUAUGAACUUGGUAUAACCCUAUAACUUUUCUAGAGUCCUCUACUGUUUACAUUUCUAUCAAAACUCGUCAGUCAAUAGGUGUUUUUACAGUCAUUCACUCUUGCCACUAUUUAUGAAAAUAUAAUUUUAUAGAACUAUUAAACAAUACGGAUAAAAUAAA